UGAAUUGUUAAGAUGACUUCGUAAUUCAGUUGUGUCGUUUUCGUUAAAUCUUUGCAUAUUCUAACUCAUUUUGGUAGUCUUAAUUCAUUAAUUCUGAAACAAUUUACAGAAAAGCAGCUUUUAUGCCGUACUUAAGUCUGAGAAAUCUGAACACACUUACUGGCGUUUGCCUGAAACCUUUAGGAUGUAUACGCAAUUACAGUCAAAGUUCCAGUCAAGAGGUUGUUAAAAUACCUAAAUUAUUAACACCAAUUGGUCUUGCACAACCUCCUCUCGAUAGCUCAUAUGCAGUGAACAAUAAACAAUCCAAGUUGACAGCCGGUCAACGACAAGACAAAAUUCUCAGAGAAAUGAGAGGAUCCAUAGUCCAAGAUAUUUCUGAAGUUCAAGAAAAAAAGGGAAAAUUAUUCUAUGCUCCACCAAGGGUGUUCAAAAAGGAGUCCUCUCUCUGGAUGUACAAUUUCGAAGGAAAAUCUUUAUCCAAAGAAAAAGUUGAUCUUUACAAGAAUUGCUUGGGGAAGCCCUUUAUAUUGUUGCUCUUUGGUAAUAGUUAUGGAGAAAACCAGUGUAAGCAAUGGAUAACGGGAAUCGAUAAAGUUACCGACUUUCCUGUCUUCUUUUUCAACGUUCAGUCAAAUAUACUCAAGUACUUUUUGACACGAAUGUUUUCCGGAAGUAUCAAACGCUCUCUUCCUUCAAAGGAAAGUUGGAACAAUUACGUUAUUGCAUUGAACAGACGAUUACGCUACCCGGAAAUCCAGUGGAACAAUCGACUGGUUGGAAAUGUGUUUUUACUCGAUGAAUCUUGCAAGAUAAGAUGGGCAGCCACGGGCUUUCCGACAGAGAAAGAGUUAACAGAGUUUCAUGCUGCUUGUGAGUUUCUGAAAAGCCAGUCUAACAAGGAAUAAACAAAAGAAUAAUUAAUGAAAAGGAUCAACGGAUAUGGUACAUUCAUUUGCACUCCAUAACGAAAGCUUUAGUGGAAAAAGAAGAAAAGCAAGGUUAAGGUGGAUAUUAAAACAGAUAGAAGAAUAACAUCUCUUUGCUUUC